AUGAAGGUCUCAGCUGUCCUCUUCGCCGUCCUCUUUUCCGCCUUUGUGGCAGCCACCUCUGAACACGAUCCGGCGGCCAAAGUUGGUGCAUCCAUUGGAAAGCGAACGGAGGCCGACGCUGCUUCGUUGUGCGACGAUCUCGGUGUCCUCGACUGUUAA